AUGACUUACCAGGGCUCGGAGCAGCUUGUUCAUGACCGAAUCAAUCUGUUUCGGUUGAUCCGGAGGCUGGAGAAAGGAGUAGCCGCUGCGAAUUGGGACGUGGAUGGUCUGCCACCGCAACUGACCUGGAUCAAGACGCAGGGGACCUUACAGGCAAGCGGUCAUGAAUGUCUACAAUGCUUGGGAUACGCUUCUCUUAACAGUAUCGACCGCUUUGCUUACAGACCAUCAAGUUUGCGCGAAGGCUGCUCAAGAAUGUCGAGCUUUACGAAGACGAUCCCAUCAACGAGAUAUGAUCAGCUAAGAAGCUCUUUGGACAAUGUAGAGAACGUUGUCAAAGAAGUAGAUCAGCGAGUAGCACCCAAACAGUCCCGUCCACCGUCAAUACUACAUACGCUUCCGCCGCCCAUACUUCCCGUCUCUGAGGGCCAAGAAGUGAUCCCAGAUGUGUCCUCUACAGAGGGUGCUGACAUCGCGACGGUCCCCGGGGAUGAAACUUCGAACGCGGCGCAGAAUUUGUUGUUGUCUCCCUCGGAUGGUGAUAUAUUGUCGCCCACUGGCCCCAUGAACCCUAGCUCAGCACUUCUCCCGCCGACUUUUCCCGCUUCGCCUGCGAAGACGACUGUGGCAGCCACUCCUGCAUUUCUGCAAAAUUCAGCGGCUCUACAAGAAGAACUUUCGGCACAGCUAGCGCAGAUGGCUACACAGCUCAAGCGCAAUGCCAUCCAUUUUUCGGAUUCCCUUGAGAAGGACAAGGCCCUUGUUCAAGAAACACAAGAGAAGCUGGAACGGAACUUCGAUGUCAUGAAGAAGGAGCGGCUACGCGUGCGCGAUCACCGUUCGAAGAGCUGGGGGACGACAUGGAUUGUCCUGCUCAGCAUCGUGGUUGCAGGAGUUGGUUUUGUAUUGACAUUCCUAGUCAUCCGUAUCACUUGA